AUGAUUUCAUCUUCUUCUGCAACGUCCAGCAACAUACCAUCCGAUACCACCGAACAACAACAACAACAACAGCAUCAACAACAACAACAAAUUUCGACUUUACCUCCUGAAUGUUCUCUCUCAUUGGAAGAAAUCUUUACAGAGCAAGAUGCCAAGGAACUGAAUUCGUUUCAAACGGUCAAAUUGCAUUGUCGGAAGGCUGAUCAGGCAGAUGUUCUUCUGGCCAUGUUGAAAGAAGAGGCUGGAUUUGUGGAUGAUGAUGAUCAUAUUCAUCAUACAUCUUUGGAUCAUUGUAAUAGGAUCCAAGAUCAAUUUGCUGAUCAUCAAGAAACGGCAACUUCUUCUUCGUUGGAAUCAUCUACGGUACUAGAUAUUGAAGAUUUGGAUGAGGAGAGUUUGGAACAACUUCUCUCUCAGCUCUUGAAAUCGGAUGAAUCAAAUUCCAAACAAUCAUCAACGGAAGAGCAAGAUGAAAUUGCUCUACAUUUCUUGAUGAGAGAGGAUUCAUUGAAACCUCCUGAACCAGGUUUAAAUGAAGUGAAAAAACAAGUAGAAUUUCCUCCUCGAAAUGAUCAUGACGAUGAAAAUACUGUACCAAUGGAAUCUGUGGGUCACAUUGUUCGUGACCAUAAACGUGACAAACUAUCGAAAGAGAAAUUCAAGAUUGUCAGAGCUGUGCCCGGUGACAACACUCAAACAGAAUUGCGCUCUGUUCCUUUCAUUUGUAUAACCUUUAGCCAUGAUAUGAUCGAAGAGUUUGAUGCAGAGCCAUUACCAUUUGAGGCCAUUAAUUUUGUAGAAAUUGUUCCUGUCACUGAGAAUAUCAAGGAAGGAAAAUGGAAAUGGAUUGGUACAAAAUCAUUGCUAUUCCAACCAAAGUUUAGAUUUGACCGAUCCUCGUCAUUCACAUACAGAGUCUUGCAAGAAAAAACCAAGAGUAUUUAUGGCCAAGUGUUGGAAAGCACUUUCGAAGUGAGUUUCAAAACGCAAACGAUGCAACUUUCCAGAUUUGUUCCAUAUGGAUCAUUUCCAAUUUCUCAAGUUCCUUUUUGCUACCUUGAAUUUGAUCAAGAUAUCGAUCCGCAACAAGUGCUCAACUUUAUAACAGUUCAAACGUCGUCACUACUGUCCCGUGGAACUGCCAUUUCUUUCGAAUUAUUUACAGAUCUCAAACUGAUAGAACAGACAUUGCAAGAUUUGGAAUUUAAGAAAAAAUUCAAACAGGUGUACAGCAUGUAUAUGAGUGUCUUAAAGAACCACAGUGCAACUUCGAAGAGACACUUUUGGAUCAAGUUAUUGAUCGACAAUGAUACCUUUAACGCUGGAAAGGGCUAUCCAAAGAUAGGACUUGGAGAAAAAAUUCUCGCGACCAUUAAGGAAGGUAUUCCAUCGUUAGAAGGACCAAGACCUUCAACUUCUCCCUUUACCUAUUAUUUUUAUGGACAUGGAAAAAUGAAAGUUACUGAUUAUUAUCCAAAGAAGAGUAUAUUUGACAAAAUCUUUGGAAGUAACAUUUAUCCAGGUUCAUCAUUUAGCUUCUAUUUUUCGAACCCUAUCGAUUUAGAAAAGUUCAAGAAUAUAGAAGACUUUAUCAGUGUGGAGCCUUCUAUUGAACAAAUGAGAGUGACUAGAAAUGGAACCUAUAUCUCAAUACAAGGUGACACGAAACCCAGAGAGAAAUACACUGUAAUUAUUAAGAAAGGUUUACCAGAUAUUUAUGGACAAGAAUUAGAGAGUGAUUAUGUGACGACAUUUGAAAUUAGUGGACAGGGAAAAACAGUUCAUGACACACUUCCUCAGAAUUCGAUAUUACCUCCAUCUUUGUUUGACAAUAAUGACCCAUUCCUGUAUUUUGACUCUGUCAAUAUUCCAGAAACUCAUGUUGUGAUCAAUCAAAUAGAUCCAGAGGAAUUCUAUGUGGAAUCAACCAUUCCAAAACUCAAGCAACAAAACACAUAUAGUUCCAAUAACUAUGAAUAUUUUAAUUGGUAUCCCAAAAAACCAAUAUCAAUCGGAAAGAUGGUUUUAGAUGAAAAGGUGAAACCUGUCAAUUUUGAAAAGGACAAAGUUGCUUCAACUCAACUUUCCCUAUCUCCAUACCUUCAAAAUACUACACAAAAAACUGGUCAACUCUUAGUGCAGUACAAACCAAAAGACACAAGUUUGAUCUUCAAGUCCUAUACUCAUUAUGUUUUAAAGUGGAUUCAAGUAAGCAAUCUUUGCGUUGAAAUUUUCAGAGUCACAGGUGAUGACAAAGUUUCUGUAUUCGUGACCGAUUUCAGAACUGGUAAGCCUGUUCCAAAUGCUUCUCUUAAUUUCAAAUAUUCACCUCAGUAUUACGGACAGGUUGGCGUAGAAGUUAAAUUUAUGAGUGAGGAGGCAACCACGAAUGAGAAUGGUAUUGGAUACUUGACUCCUGUCCAUGGAGCAAUGUAUUAUUCAAGAUUGAUCGUCAAAACUGACACUGAUAGCGUCAUUUUGAUACAACCACAGAUAGCGAUCGUUUCAGCUCGUACAUCCUACCUCACCUCACACAUUAUUACCGAUCGAGGACUCUACAAACCAAAGGAAACUCUUCAUGUGAAAGGAUAUUUUAGAACUAUUGAUUUUAAUAAUGACAAGAGCAGUGACCUGUUUGGAACAUACUCUGUUGGAAAUCCUCGAAACUGCAAUGUUUCCUAUGUCAUCAAUGAUAGCCUCAAUGUAUCCUAUGCUGAAGGAAAAUUUGAAACUACUGAGAAUGGAACGUUUUCUUUGGAUGUACAACUUCCUGACAAUGUCAAUCUUGGAGCGCACAGCAUUCGCUUCAUCUGCAAUGGAUACACUUUUUAUUCAAGAUUUUCAGUAGAAGAAUUUAGAACACCCGAAUACAAUGUACAAAGUUCGGUCAUUCCCUCCUCAUUGAAAACCAAUAACUUUAUCGGGGAUCAAAUAGUUUUCAAGACUGAAGCAAACUAUUACAGUGGUUCUGCACUCAGCUCAGCAAGAGUAACGUCGAACUUGGAUGCCAAAGUUACAAGUUUCACACCUGAGGGAUGGAGCAAUUAUACUUUCCAAGAAUCUGCCAAUUCAUCAACUUGUUGCUAUUUUUACAAUUUAAAUAAGAAAGAUAAGAUCAAGCUUCAACCAACGGCAUAUGUGAGCUCUCAAACAGGUUCAGACGGUAACUGCUAUACAAUGGCUCAAUUAUGGGAUCCAGAAAAACAAAUUGUAUAUCCUCUUACAAUUUCAUGCAAAUCCAAUGUGCAGGAUAUUAAUCGACAAACACAUGGAACAUCAGCUUCUGUGACUGUACAUGCAUGCAAGUAUUACGUUGGUGUGCGAUGUACUAAAAGAGUGGUCAUGAAAGCAGAUGAGAAAAUUGAUUGUUUCUUCAUUGUUACCAACAUUCAAGGAAAGCCUCAAGCUGGAAUUCCAAUCCAAGUGAAAAUUGUAAAAUUUGACGCCUCAUCGGUUGGUUAUGAAACAUUGGAUAGCGUGACACCAAUUCGUGAAUUCGGUUUGGUUUCUACUACAGAGCCACUACUUUAUUCGUUCUCAUUGGAAAAUGAUACUCAAGAUUUAGCGUAUGCCGAAUAUGGUAUUUUGUGUGAAGUUCGUGAGGAAAGCAUACCACGAUUCAGGAGUGGAGUGAACCGUACGAGCGUUCCCAUUCGAAAAUUUGGCUUCAAGAGUCAUUUACAAACGAAAGGAUACGCUGCUCUCAAUUCUUCGACUCUGGAUAUGGUGAGCGAUAAGUUCGACAAUGAUCACUAUUUACCUGGUGAAGAAGCAAAAAUUUAUGUUGCCAACCCAUUUUCUGGAGAUUCUCUUGGAUUCAUGUUUGUCACUUGUAAUGGACUUGUGAAAAAGGAAUAUUUCGAAAUUAAGGCAAACGUUGGUUAUGCACAAUUGACAGUUCCUAUUCGAAAAGAAUACAGACCGAAUAUUGAAGUUAUUGUUAAUUUGUAUGGUCAAGAUCAAUAUAUUGAUGAGAAUGAUAAGAACCGCUCUUGUCCUACCUAUGCCACAGGACGCUUGACACUCAACGUCUCCAAAGAACAUCAUGAAUUGGAUGUUGCCAUCAUUCCAAAACAUAGUGUCGUAGGACCAGGCGCAGAAACAUCAGUUGAAGUCAUUGUCACUGAUAAGCAAGGAACCAAUCAAUCGAAUUGUGAAGUGUGUUUAAUUGUGGCGGAUGAGGCAGUUCUUGACAUGGCAAAUCACGAAAUUUCAAAUCCAUUAACUGCCUUGUUGCCAAGUAAUAGCUGUACUGCUGAAUUUCGUAACAAUAGAGAAUUGGUGAGAUAUUGGUAUUAUCCACCAAAAAAUCAACGGGAAUUGGAGUUGCAACAACAAUUCGAAGCCUCUCAAAGACAGCAACAAGCAUUUGAUGGUAGAGGAGGUGGGGCAUUUUCCAGAGGUUGUUCUUUAGAGGAUAUGACGGGAGAACUGGAUGCUGUGCUGUGCCAAUCAGACAGCUGUAGCAAAUGCAAGUCGUGUUCGUUUUUUGGUGGUAUAUCCUUAGCUAGUGUACUGCCUAGUUGCAAAUGUUCACGAAGAUGUGAGGAGUAUGAGGCCACAUGCGGUGGUUGCUCGUGUCAUAAGAAUUGUCGCUUACGAGAAUGCAAAAACAUGCGUGUGAAUAUGAACCAUGAAAUGGCAGCCUCCUUAAUGCAAGGUCGUCAAAACGAGUUCAAUGUCAGAACAGAUUUUCGACCAGAUGCUCAUUUUGUUGGAUUUGCUCAAACCGAUCAUGAAGGAAAAGUGAAAAUUGAUUUCAAGCUUCCCGAUAGCUUGACUCGAUUCCGUGUCACUGCACUGGCUAGUGCUUCCAGUGAUCGAUUUGGAGUGAAUUCCUCGAAAAUUACAACAUGCCUUCCACUCAGUUGCAGACCAUCCUUACCUCGCUUUUUGAAUUACGGAGAUGCUUGUGACUUGACCUAUGUUUUGCAAAAUCAAACAUCAGCAACUCUAACUGUUGCACUCGUUUGUCACACAACCAAUCUGAGAUUGAUCCACAAGAAUCAGCUACAACGUAAGAGAGGAAUUACUGUUGUUUUGAAGGGCCUCGAAAGAAAGGAAGUUCGUCUUCCUGUGCAAGUUCAAAAAUGUGGAAAGGCAAGAAUCAAUGUUGGUAUUCGUGUUAUCAGAGCAGUUCCAGCUUGUUCCUCAUCCGAUGCACAGGAAUCAGUAGUGAAUGAUAUGGUUGGUUGGAGUGAUGCUGUUAAGAAUGAUAUCAACGUUUUCACACCAGCUACGACUGAAGCAUUUGCAACGUAUGGAGACAUUCAAGACAAGAGUGCUGUCAUUGCUCAACCCAUUGCACUUCCAAAGAAGCGAAUCAUUUCACACUUUGGAGAAGUUAGCUUUUCCACCAGUACCACUGCUCUCUCAACACUCACAGAUUCUCUCAUUUAUUUGUAUACCUAUCCAUUUGAGUGCACGGAACAAAUUGCAAGCAAAGUUAUUGGAAUUGUGUGUAUGAAGGAUAUUAUUUUACAAUUCUACACACCAGAACAGUUGAAAAAAUUAAUGGACAUUAGCUCUGCAGAAGAAAUUGACUCAUUCGUAAAGGAUGAAUUGAAAAGGAUCUUUGACCGACAAAAGAGUGAUGGUUCAUUUUCAGUUUGGAAAACCAUCUUAAUUGGAGAUCCAUUUUUGACUUGUCACGUGGCACUUUGCUUUGCCAAAUGUCGACAAUAUGGAUAUGAAAUACCAAGUACAGUAUUGGAAUCAUUGAAGAGAAUUCUCUUACGUAUUGAAUCACUCUUCUUUUUAGGAUUCUUGUGGCCACAAGUUCUCAAGGAUACGAUCAAAUCUUUUGCUUAUUAUGUUUAUUCUUUACUCAUGGAAUCAGACGAGGAAAAGAAACAAGUAAGGGAUCGUUGUGAAAAACUUCUUUCACAUUACAAGGACGUGAAUGAUUUGACUGGAAAAAUGAGUCCAGAUUGUGCAGCAUGGUUAUCUGUUGCAUUGCAUCGCUCAACCAUUGAAACAAGUGAGGAGAACCAAGAACGAUCCGGUUUCCUCUCCUUCCUGUUCGAAAAAGGUCUUUCUGCAAGCGAAUGGCUGCAACAUUUGAAAUCAUAUUUUAAAGAGAAUGUCACUGUUGACUCUGGAGUUUAUGCUGAAUUUAUAUCUUCGUAUCGAGAUGAUGAGACAGCCAAGAUGGUCAUGUUGCAUUCCGAUGUGAGAACAAAUGCCAAUGUCAUGUCUGCUCUCAUGGAGAUUGAUAGAGAAGAGUCGAGUGAUUUAAUUCAAAAAUUGUUGAGAAGUGUUUUGGCAGAAAGAAACAACCAUCCAUAUGGAAGAUGGAGAAACACCAUCGAUAAUGCCUCAUGUAUGAUUUCAGUCACUGACUAUUUCAGAGAGUUUGAAAAGGACAUUCCUGACAUGACUGUGAACACAUGGCUUGUAGACACCACCAAGCAAGACGAAACACUUUAUUUGGGUCCUCAAACUUGGAAAGGAAGAUGCAAAGAUAAAAUGACCACAUUGUUACCUGUGAAGGCCCUUAUUCCAAGACAAUACAUGGAUGAACAAGUCAUUGAUCCACAACAACAUUUGAAUUGUAACAAAGAAUUGGUCGUUUCCAAAGUUGGAGAUGGACGAUUGUAUUACCGAAUUGCCCUCAGUUAUACGCCUGAAAAUUUAACACUACCAGCUCUCGAUCGAGGAUUCUCAAUCCAUAGAGCCUAUGAAGGAGUUACUCACAAGGAGCAUGUCACAUUUGAUAAGAAUGGAAAUUCAUGGAAAAUCAAAUCUGGUGAACUUGUUCGUGUCACUCUCACAUUUACCAACACGGCUCGAAGAUAUAACAUUGCCUUAAUGGACAAGUUACCAGCAGGCUUGGAACCUGUAAAUCCAGAAUUGGAAUCUCAACAUUUAGAUUUGAAAGAUAUCAAUCUAACAUCGAAUGAUUCUACUACUGACAUGACCAAAUAUUGGAGUCGAUGGUUUGAGCAUCAAAAUAUCAGAACUGAACGAGUGGAAGCAUUUGCUAGAAUUCUCUACGAAGGUUCUCAUACCUAUUCCUACAUUGCACGUGCCACAAGCAUUGGAUCUUUUGUGGCACCUCCAAGCCAUGUCGAAGAAAUGUAUUGUCCUGAAUGUUUUGGUCGAUCUAAGACUGAAUUUGUUCAAAUCUUCAACGAGUAG